UUUUAGUGGGGGAAAUUCUAAUAUAGUUAAGUUUUGGGGGUGAAAGUGUUAUUUAGCCCUAAUAUAUAAAUAACCCAAUUUCGUGCCCUAGCCGAGAGCCCUCUUCUUUGACUGGUUAUAAGCAAUUCUUAAACCCCUGGCUUUGGCUCCAAAACCCUACUUCUCCAUUCUCCGACAUUGUUUUUGCUGCAACGCCUAAAAUCGUCUGAAGAAAUGACGAGACCUAAAACGAAGAAAUUCAAGCUCCAGAACCGUCUUUCCGAGGUACAAGAAAUUGAGCAUCUCGAAUCGUGGAUAGCUUCGGCGAAACCUGAUUCCGGCUCCAACCCACUCGCCCUGACUCCACUGCCGGAAAAAUCCCCAAUCGGAAAACUACCGGACGGCUCAUUUUCUCGGUACGCCGGCGUCGAUAGAUUCAGGCAGUUGCCACUGUCGAAGAAAACCAAAGAUGGGUUGUCCGCGGCCGGGUUUUUGAAGAUGACUGAUAUUCAGAGGGCUUCGCUCCCGCACUCGCUCUGUGGCCGUGAUAUCUUAGGUGCAGCGAAAACUGGGUCCGGCAAGACCUUGGCUUUUAUUAUCCCUGUCUUAGAAAAGCUAUAUCGAGCUAGAUGGGGACCGGAGGAUGGUGUUGGAUGCAUCAUCAUGUCUCCCACGAGGGAAUUAGCUAGUCAGCUUUUCGAAGUACUACAAUCUGUUGGGAAGUAUCAUGGUUUUAGUGCUGGCCUUUUGAUUGGUGGUCGUAAAGAUGUCGACACAGAGAAAGAGCGUGUAAACGAGUUGAAUAUUUUGGUCUGUACUCCAGGUCGGCUUCUUCAGCACAUGGACGAGACUCCAAAUUUCGAGUGUUCGGAACUUCAGGUGUUAGUUCUUGAUGAGGCUGAUCGUAUUCUUGAUGUUGGAUUUAAGAAAGCUUUGAAUGCAAUAAUUUCUCAAUUACCAAAAUAUAGACAAACUUUUCUAUUUUCAGCAACCCAGACAAAGUCUGUCAAAGAUCUUGCAAGACUCAGUCUGAAAGAUCCAGAGUAUAUUAGUGUGCACGCAGAGUCUACAACUGCCACUCCAAGUCUUUUAGAGCAGACAGCAAUGGUCAUUCCUCUUGACCAAAAACUGGACAUUUUAUGGAGUUUCAUAAGGGCACAUCUUAAUUCAAGGAUACUCGUGUUUCUUUCCAGUUGCAAGCAGGUGAAAUUUGUCUACGAAGCAUUUAGGAAACUACGUCCUGGUAUUUCAUUGAAAUGCCUCCAUGGAAGGAUGAAGCAGGACAGACGUAUGGGAAUAUAUGCUCAGUUUUGCGAGGAGGAGUCUGUUCUGUUCUCCACCGAUGUUGCGUCAAGAGGACUUGAUUUCAAUAAGAAUGUUGAUUGGGUUGUCCAGGUAGAUUGCCCGGAAGAUGUUGCUUCUUACAUACACAGAGUGGGCCGCACUGCUCGGUAUCUUUCUGGUGGAAAAUCCAUUUUAUUACUUACACCCUCGGAGACAAAGAUGAUUGACAAAUUACAAGAAAAAAAGAUUCCUAUUAGAUACAUCAAGGCAAACAUGAAAAAAGUGCUACCUGUUUCUGGAUUGCUAGCAGCUUUGUUAGUCAAGUACCCGAAUCUGCAGCAACUGGCUCAGAGAGCCUUCAUCACUUAUAUGAGGUCCAUCUAUAAACAGCGUGACAAGGAGGUUUUUGAUGUCACUCAGCUUCCGAUCGAUGAAUAUUCCGCAUCGUUAGGUCUUCCAAUGACCCCCAAAGUCCGUUUUCUGAAAAGUAAAAUCAAGGGCCAAAAAAUGUCCAAAGAAUUGGUCAUUGUUCCAGAUAGCACAAUUGAUGACAAUCCAAUCGAAAUUCCACAACAAAGUUUGAGCAACGGCAGGCGUGUGGAAGAAGAAUCGGAAUCGGAGGAUGACCUUCUUAAAGAAAACGACACUCCGCGUGUUGGCGAUGAUAAUGCAACUGAUACUGGAUACGCCAUGACCGGUACGAGGGUUUUAAAGAAAAAGAAGCUGAAGAUCAAUAUGCACAGACCUGUUGGUACUAGGGUUGUAUUUGACGACGAAGGCAACACGUUACCCCCUCUUGCAAGACUAGCAGACACCAUAAGUGAUUCUUCUAAGCUGGACAAGAGCAAAGUAAACCAACGGUAUGCACAGUUGAGGGAAGAAAUGAAAGUGGUGGACAAGGACGAUAAAGUAUUGGACCAAAAACGACGCAAGGAAAAACGUAUCAAGCAAAAGAUGAAGUUGAAGAGAGGCAGAGAUAGUGAAGACGAUGAUAGAGACAGUGAAGAUGAUAUAUCCGAGUCGGAAAACGGGAGAGUUGGUAAAAAGUCAAAGCUCUAUUUCGACAGUGACAGUGAUGGUGGUGAGGGAAGGAAAGGCAAGGGUAGUAGCAGUAGAAUUGGCAAUGUUACCGACAGUGUCACUCUAGCGGAGCAAGAGGAACUGGCACUUAAAAUUUUGAGUUCGAUGAAUUCGUAGAUUGUUGGUUGGGUUUUUCCGAGCGAUGGAGCUAUAGUUGUAUAUGCACUUCAAAUUUGGUGGCGACGGCGAGAAAUUUUGCAGUUUCGUAGUUUUUCUUUUUUUACGAGAAACGGUAAAUUCUGAAAAGUGUACUAAAAGACUUCCAAAUUUUGUCACAUUACAAGAAAAUAACAUUUAAUAUCAUAUUCUAUCAAUUCUUAUAAAUC